GCGGAACUCAGUGUAGCAGGAAUGGGUCCAGUUCUGAUGCAGCUGUACAGGAUCUGACACAGGCAUGGGCUGUCAGCAUUAGCUGCGGUGUAAUCGUUUACGUUGGACCGGGCAGUACAGACGUAACCUAGAAGUCGUUAGUAACGUCGCCGUAGUUUAGAAAAUCCGACAAAAUGAUGCGUUUCAUGCUGCUUUUCAGCCGGCAAGGGAAGCUGCGUCUGCAGAAGUGGUACACAGCCACAGCUGAGCGCGACAAGAAGAAGAUGGUCAGGGAGUUGAUGCAGAUAGUGCUCGCCCGCAAACCAAAGAUGUGCAGCUUCCUAGAAUGGAGGGACCUCAAGAUUGUCUAUAAAAGGUAUGCCAGCUUGUAUUUCUGUUGUGCAAUUGAAGAGCAGGACAAUGAGUUGAUCACAUUGGAAGUCAUCCACCGCUUUGUAGAGCUGUUGGAUAAGUACUUUGGCAGUGUAUGUGAGCUGGACAUCAUCUUUAAUUUUGAGAAGGCCUACUUCAUUCUAGAUGAGUUCCUGAUGGGAGGAGAGAUCCAGGACACGUCUAAGAAGAGUGUCCUCAAAGCCAUUGAACAAGCUGACCUACUGCAAGAGGAGGAUGAGUCCCCUAGGAGCGUGUUGGAGGAAAUGGGCUUGGCGUAGUAUACGGCAGCAUUAUGAGAGACUGUAGAUACUAGAGCAGAGGGCUGAAUGAUGGGACGGGACAGAAUCUGGGACUGAACAUGCUUGGACUGACGAUGUUGGUUCUGUGUUAUCUGUGGCUCUGGUGACUGUGUUUAACUGGGGAAUAGACUCAGUUAAGAAUGGAAGAUUAUUGCAUUGACAGGCCCUUUAUCCGUGUGCGUGCGUGCGUGUUUGUGUGAUCUGUGUGUGGGGUAGAGGGAUUGGGAUAAAUUUAAACUUGUGUGUGGCUGCAGGAGGGUUGUGUGUUCUAAUUUUUAAAGAGGUGAGAUGGAGUCCAGCUUUGCUUAUCUGACAGUUAAGAUAAAACCCACAAUGAAUACUGACAUUAGUAGUUUGACUGAUGCGUUGAUGCAAAGGGAUGGGUGACCACUCUCAUCUUAUCGUGAAGUUUUGUCAGGUACUGAAGGUAGAUUGACAACAGGUAAGGAAAUUAGACAGAAAAACAUAACUGGGCGUGUCUGAUGUUAAUCAAUAUUUUUUGUAUUUCAGUAUCAACAUUUCUCAUGAAAAGACCAAAACUAACAAUGUGUUAGUCUAUAUAUGAGUACUUUCUGAUUUUCAUACCCUGUCUGUUUCUCUUUGCCCCAAGCCCAUUGGUUUGUUCGAAUGACAUGAAUACUAUAAAGAGCUCACAAAUGUAGUUUCGUUAAAAAAAUAAAAAAAUAGACUCAGUAAUUUCCUAAAACAGUUGGCCGCUGUAGUUUUUAACAAACGUUACUCUGGUUACUAGGGUGUAGUGCAUUUGAUGGGGACUAUUUUCAGUGGCGGAAUAAUCUGCAUUUUCUGCUCUAGUGUUUAUUUCCAGCAUGUUUCCUGUAUGUGGAAUUGGUCAAAAGUAAACUACAGUGUGUGUCCAUGGUAAUGAAGGCAUGCGUCACACUGCAACAGGCUUACUGAUGGGUUUGUUUUUAAUAGUUUUUGGAAAAGAAUAUGGCAUAGAAAAGAUGCAGUAUCAGGCUUUGAUACACUAAGUACUUGUUUGUAUGAUACAUUCAUUGUUGGUUUGGCUCUGCACAUGGGAUUUGGUAACAAUCAGAAAAACUUUACCAUUAAAGUACAAUUCUGUGUUUAUACAAUCCUGUGUUCCCAUUGGUUAUGUACUUGACAACAUAUAACAAGGAAAAUAACACACACUGUGCAGUUGAAACACAAACAGAAUGUUUGUUCCUCCACUGAAGUGUCUGGCCUUCAUUUCAGCCUCUGUCUGAAACAAGCUGUAGAGCCUCCCCUCUCAAGCUGAUGAUACACAGAGCAACCUUUAGAGCAAUGGUGCUGGGCAAUGUUGCCGUCAAUGCUAAUGAGUAAAGAUUACCACCGUAAUGCCCUUCUCCCACCACUCCUCCACCCAUCCCGCCCCGCCGCUGUCCGUUCAAAACAUAGUCGGACUUACCACCAGCAAGAUUGGCCAGCAACAUUACUCAAACAGUUGCACCGUGUUUCUUCAGCUUCAAAGCCUACUGUCUUCUGAUUGGCCAAGACCUGAAGCAUGUUACCAGGCUGUUGUUGCCGCUGAGUGGUACUGACAGACCGAGCGUUGCUGUGCGGCACAAAUGACCAUAUAUGGAACACCAGCUCCAUCUGGUUCCGUAUGUCGUAGAACAGAACCGUUGGUAGAAAAAGCAGUUCAAAACAGAGUGUUUAGAAGAAGAGGACAUCUGAGGUUUUUGCUAACAGGGAUUUCUUUUAAAUACUUUAACGAUCUAAGCAGCUUAGAAGCGGCUAAAGCAGGCGACCCGGAGGGGUUUAAGAGGCGUUUAAUGGAGACCUGCAUUUAUUUGUCAAAAUUUGUUCCCACACCAGGCCAGUAAACGGGGUAGGCAGCUAUUUGAGACUCUGCUAUUUAUUGUUUUAAGGUACAUAAGGCAACCCCCAAUAUUAUAUUAUCUGCCAUUUUAUAGGAGCAACCACAAGUGCGUGCAACUGAAAUGUAUACAGUCCUCUGUUGAGCACACAACCACUAUAGGUACUGUCGGUCACAUUUGAAGCAGGAAGUAGCUCAGAAAGAUGAAAUUGAAAUUUACAGUUCAAAGCUAGAUGAUCCAACACUACUUAAUCGUGAGACGUUUGUCAUAAACAUCUGUUACAAUUACUGUCCAUUACUACAUCUGAUGUUUUAUGAAUUUCUAUAAAAGUUUCUUGGAAUUCAUUUCUUUUUCUGGGGUUGGCCCAUCUAACCUAACACGAUGGGCCCGGGGUGAUGAACUGCAUUGUGGAUUUUGAAUAAUGAACCAAAGGCAUUUGAGAUUUCCAUCACAGCCUAAAAUAACUUUUUUACUUUACUUUUUUAGUAAGUGGACUGAUGUACCAGAUGAGAUGGAAAUGUCGAGUUUGUCUAACUUUAACAAAGAGAACAUUGAUGGAAACUAGGGCUGCAGCUAAUAAUGAUUUUAGUACUUGAAGCUUCUAUAGAUUAUUUCAACGAUUCAUUGAUGCGUCGUUAGAAGUACUUUUGCUUGGCGGCAAAAUGUGACCUUGUCUGUGGCAGAACACCGGGUGAUUUCAGAUCAGAUGCCGUCAUGCUGUUGGUAGGCCACAUAAGUUUUAUUUUACGCUGGACGGACAUUACAGAGUUGUUUUCUUUUAACUUGAAAUAAUCCCAUACUUUGGACACUUUCUUCUUCGUCCCUCGCUAUUUUCUCUCUCUUCCUCCACUUUGCAAACAAUAAUCAUAAUCACGUUGUGUUCACAACGUAAGCCUGAUUUGCGACAGUAAUGUCUGUACAAAACGGUGUGCUAUAUAGUUAUAUCGCUUAAAUGAAGCCUCGAUGAAUCGAUGUAUCGAUUUAAUCGAUGAAUCGUUUCAGCCCCAGUUAUAAUUUAUCUUUUGAAUGUGCGGUUGUUAAUGAUGCUGGUGAUCUAGAUUGGUGUGAAGUGCCAUCUCAGGCAGGAUGAGCAUCAGCAUGAGUAAUGGAAGUCAGUCAUGGAAAGACCAGGAUCACAUAUGUUCUUCCUGUAAGUGGUGCCUGCAUUGUUCAAGUUAGUUAAUCAUUUAAUUUAAACAAAGUGCAUUUCUUAAAGGGUGGCAGACAGUUUUGAAUGUAUUAUAUAGUGGCGCAGCAGUUUACCAGGAUCAUUGUAGGUACAUACCUCAAGUUUUUGUUUUUUCUGUCUCAGCUUGCCUUAGGUUUGACUCAGUUCAGAUCGGCUUGUAUAAAUCAUUCAGUGUCAUUGAGUGGGCAGGUGUAGUGAACGUUUCUGGGAAAUGUUUGUGUGGUCCUACAAAUGCGCAAAAAUCUUAUGUUUAUGCUUACACAUAAGGCUGGAGUUUGAUUGCAUUUUAUUAAAUCUGUCCAGAAUUGACUAAACUCACUGAAUCUAACUAAAGAUAAUAAAUAAUCCAAACCCAAAUUGAAAUGACAGGCGGAGUCUACUUUGCAAAAGCAAUUACCUACUUGUUCCAAGAACUGGAAGUCCUGAUCCAGUGCUAUUAAGGUAAUAAACUGAAACUGUUGAUCUGGGAGAUUCCAGCUCCUGAAAGAGAUGUGAUGUGAUCACCUACAUAGAUUUUCAUCAUAGAAGACUCACCACUCUGUUGGCCUUAUUGAAUUACAAAAGCACUUGUCUACUUGUAGUCAGAGUGAUGUUACAGAGUGGUGGAAAUGACAUUUUACUGAGUACAGACACCAGCUUUCAGAUAGCACAUCCAGACAGCCAAGCAAGGGAAUUAAAUGUAUGUGUGUAACAAGCUACAGUUGAAAUAAUCUGUUGCGGUCAAUAUUUAUCAUUUUAACUGGUGAGACAAAUAUUCCGAAAUUGGAACCAAAACCAUACCAGAUAAUACAGAGUGAAUAUGAACUGUUGCACUCCUAGUAUUUAAUCUAAUGUUAGUGUGUGCAUUGGUGUGUUCUUAUGCAUGACAUGUUCACUUCAUAAAAAGCUGUGGACAGGGAUGAGAAUGUUGGCAUAUACUAUAAACUUCUGUGCAAUCACAUGUAGGGUUAAUCCAAAAGCUCAUAACUGAUCAUUCAUCAUAUACUGUAGAGUGAAUCAGAUUUUAGAAAACCAGAAAAACUAUUCACGAAAAUAAAUUCAUGCUUAAACAUGUUCACUGAGCUUGUCUCAUCAGGCAAGUCAUAUGGUAUCUUAGGAAAAAAAUGAAUGAAUUGCUAAUUUCACUCAGUCAAAUAUUUUUUGAAAAUAAUUUCUCUUAAGCAAUAUCAUUAUAUUAAUUGUAGAUGUCUUGUUUCAGUGGUUGUCACUUCUAGGGUUUUGUUACAUUUUACAAUCUUCUGUAAUCCUACGGAGGAAAAUCGUCCUGGUAUUGCCUCAAAAUGUAGGCAUGUUUUUCAUUAUACAGGGAUAUCGUUUGUACAGUGUCCUCUCAGGAGUUCUGGACAAAAACCUCUCUCUCAUUUCUUGUAGGAAAUUUAUGUGGUUGUUGCAAAAUGGGUAAAGGAAAGAUUUAAAGUUGGAAGCUGGAGUCUACAGGAGGAUUGUAGCUUGAGCUUGACUGUGGACUGUUUUGCUCAAAGAGUUGCUUUACUGCAACCAUAGUGAGAUAAAAAUAUAUAUCUAUUUAUCUCUUCAAGUGAAAAUAGAUUACAAUUAUUCACUGAAACGUAGUGUGAUUGUUUUUGCUUUUUAAAUCAGAAGUCAGAAUUUGGACUCAUGACAAACUUAUAGACCACAUCAGCUAAGUUUCUCACUCAGAUCAAAAUGCUGCAGAAUCAGUUCAACCGCAGCUCAGGUGACUGUAAUAGAACGCUCAACGUCAGCGUUCUAAGAGUAAGGUCUCACUGUGAUCUAAAUGUUUUCUACAAUGUUAGGGGUAGAAUGAUGUACUGUGCCUACAUGUAGUGGAACAAAUGAAAAAGAAAAGCACAUGGGGAAGAGAUUCUGAAAAUGUGCCGAGGUACAAUCUGCUGAAAACUGCAGCAAAACAAAUCCAUCAGAUUGGCACUGAUGCCUGUGCAGGAUGUGAAAUAGCAUUAGGGACAAAUGAAUUGAGUUCUAAGAUUUCAUAGAAUAUUCUGAGAAAAGUCUUCAUUUUAAAUAUUGUCCUUUUUUCGGACUGUGGCCCUGAAGGCCUUACUAAUGUCAAUGUCAAACAAACUACUUUGUAGUACAUGUUCUCUAAUCACAUCUAAAAGCAAACAUGUUUCUAGCUGUCCUGAUUGUCCACACUGGAAGGUGGGAUGAAAGCCUGCUGUUGUUGCCUCCUCUAUCCUGCAUUCCACUGCCUCCCGCCAAGUAUUUUGUUUGUGUUACAUAAAUCUUUUUAGUCAUGAUGCAAAAACGGCUCACACUCAGUCUCUCUUUAUGGCGUUGCACUUUGUUGUACACACGUGAAAUGACGAAGGUAACAUCAAACCCUGCCUAGUUUCACUUCUUCGCACACCUUGCCAAUUGCUGUGUGAGGUGGGCAUGGAUUGUCUGUUUCAGAAAGUAAAACAAAUUGGAAAUAGCCUCCUUAUUUUUGGUUUCACAAACUUUUGUACAUCUGAAAAUGCACCCACUUGCAGCCAAAGCUAUUUAUAAUUAACCUUCACCUCUGCUGCCCCUUUUCUCCUUUAUGGACCUUCUUUGAAUAGUGUGUUGAAUAAUGUUCUUCUUCUACAUUGGGUAAGAUUUAUUUAAACCCAGCCUUUGUCAAGCUGGUCAAUCGGCUCAUCAUAUGCAACGGCUUAAUCAAUUUAGUGAUUGUAGUUUUGAUUUUAAAUCUUGUUAAAAUUUGUUUGUUCCCUACAAGAAAGAGAAGAAAAGGUGGUUGAGAGAGCUGUAAAGGGGCCCUAGUGUUGGAAAGCGGAAGCUCUGGGAAUCUUUAUAGUGUUGUACAGGCAAAGGCUAAAGGGACUCAAUGUGUGAAUGUAAUUUUAUAACGAAAUAAAAGAUUUUAAACUGAA